AUGUUCAAGUUGCCCGGCUCCCUUCCGAAAUCACGCAUCCAACACCUGCGUGAGAAAUGUCGAGUAACAGUGAUGCAAAUUGUGGACGAACUGAAUCAACGUGAGGCAGAUUAUCGUGCUCAGGUGGAACUACGGCAACAGCAACAGCAGCCGCAGCAACAACCACAACAACAACAACAACAUCAACAGCAGGUGAACGAACCAGAACCUGAAAAAGCCAAAGUUGAGGACGACAGGACUGGAAAGGAGAAGUCAGAGGAGGGGAGUGAGGAGACUGGUACCGACGAUCAGUCGAAAACCACUUGCACUUCCAACGGGGAACUUGGAUCCGGACCCUUCCUCGUACGCUCCACUGUGGGUUUUCCGGUUCGCUAA